AUGUCUACUGUAAAGAUUGAAAUCGACCGCUCGGCCACUGAUGGCACAUUCACUAACCAUGAUGUCAUUCGUGGCACUAUUGUUCUUGUUGUCUCCAAGGCAAUAACGCUCAAUUUCAUUCAAGUCAAGUUAGAAGGUAUUGCAAGUUCACAACUACGUAUUCCCAAAGAGCAACACCAGCGUGACAAGAAUCGAAAUGAGCGGCAAUACAAAAUUAUUAGGGACCAACAUAAAGUCUUGUACGACACACAGAUAGUGUUUCCACCUAAUAAUGUACGAGAAGUAAGUAAAGCCAAGGAUUUUACCUUGGCACCUGGUAAUUACCAGUACCCUUUUGAAUUUACUAUUCCCUUAAAUAAUUCGUGUGUUAAAAUGAAUGGUAUAACGAAUAAAGUGCUGUUAAAUCUAAAGACAUAUGACGUUAUGGUCAACAAUGGGAACUUUGGAGUUGGCUACAUGAGAAAUAAAGGCAAAGGUUACAUGGACGAUAUGUUUGGUCCUAAUCGCGAGAGACCACCUCAUCAUACGCCACAACCUUACCAUGUCACCAUGCAGCUUCCACCAUCACUCUCGGGGUUGGGUGACUUGGCCAAUAUCAAGUACUUUGUUAAAGUCACAUGUAAGAGAUCCUCGUUUUUUAAAACAAAUAAAAGAGCCUAUGACCCAUUCAUAUUUUUACCCUUGGAUUUAAACAUGCAUAAUCAACUUCAACCUCAUAUCCCUGCUACUGCGAAUGGCGAGUAUGAUGUCGAAUAUAAGGAAGCGUUUGUGCGGAAAGAAUUGGUCUUUUAUAAUCGAAUACCAGAAAUAGUUGCGGUGAAAGUUCCAAGCCCUUCAAAGGAGAAACAAAAGCAACCUUUACCACCAGUACCCCAAAUUGCUCCGAAAAAACAAGGUUUUUUCCAAAAAAUAUUUAGCAGUACUGAUUCUUCAUAUGGUAGUGGUAGCAGUGGCAGUGGCAGUGGCGGAAGUACUGGUGCAUCAACACUGUUGCGUGGAAGAAACAAACAGCAUGAAAAUGAGAUUCAUUCAAAGAAUGUUCCAUUUUCGUUCGAGAUCAGAUUUAGACAUCCUGCUUUCUUAAUACCAACCAAACCACCAUCUUUCAAACUAUACAUAGUCUCUACAUUGAACCCCUUGAGAUACACUUUAUCUGAAUUUGGCAGGCCCGACGAAUCUAAUGGAUUAGGUGUGAUUUAUUUGCAAACAUUGGAUAUAAAGCUCAAUGCAAUCACGGUUGUGUCUGUUGUUGAAAAUGAUGGUCUUUCGGAUGAUUACCAUAUGGCGCAGCAUGAGAAUAGCAUAUCGGUUUGCAAAAACACGUUUCAAAACUUGAAAUUUGACUUGAUGCAUGGGCAGCCGAAUAGACAUGCAUUCCAAUCGUCAAACAUAAACAUGAAUGCUCAGGGUUCAUUAUUUGAAAUAGAAAUUCCGAAAAAGUACUUUGCCAAUUGUGUUUUACCGGACCACUUGGCCCCUAGUUUCAAGACGUGCAAUAUUACUAGACGAUACGAUAUGACUGUAAUUGCCGGAUUUUCUAGUGAAAGGAUAGAUGACUUUAGUAACAAGAAGGAACUAAAAAAGAUAAAGUACAUUGAGUUGGAAUGUGCAAACAUUAGGGUUGCAAGCGGCCUCAAUAUGACUAGUACACUACAGUCGAAUGCUCUGCGGUCAUCCGUACCACUUCUUUCAAAUGCUCUGCAAGCUUCUAUACAGAAAUUACCCACUCCUCCACCAUCUAGACCGUUAACCAAUAGAGCAAAUGGCUCUGGAUCCGGCUCAGUAAGGAAGUUUUCACAUUCCUCAGUAGGUGCUAGUGGUAUUGAAAGCUUAUCCAAUGGACACACCAGUCAAAGACCAAAUGGAAAUUUUGAAAAAAGCAGCGGAUUGCCAGAGACAUUAACUGGUGCUGGCUCUGCUAAUGAAGUUGGGAAUAUGUCUGAAAACGAAUUGGAGACUGCUACCGGAACUGGAAUAGCUAGUGGACAUGCACCGGAAAAUACAAUGUUACCAACUUAUGAUGAUGUUGUGUUAGAAAGCUCCUACCAGGAUGAUAGUGAACACCAAAGAGCAAGAAGGAGAUAUAAACAGCUGGAGCAAUAUUACCAUGAUCUAGAUGGGUAUAGUUGA